GGGUUCGGGGGCAUGCCCCUCCGAGAAAAUUUGAAAUCUAGAACCUCGGAAAUGGCAUUUCCUGCGAUUUCGACGGUGGAAGGAUGUCACUAAACAAAGUUUCCAUACACCUCUAACAGGAGUAUUUUCCCUUCGUAAAAUACAAAAAAUGCCAUCUGGCCGAGAGAAGAUCUGUGUGAGCUCAGAGAAGUGCUGUGCUAGGUAAAAAUAUUGCCCUCUGCACUGAGUCUGCAGCACAACGAAUAAUUGAUCACUGCACCUCGUAUAAUGUCUCAAGCACCGCGUAUGAUGUUGAAACCACAGCAAGUAGUUACAGCACUGCGUAUAAUGAUAAAACCACUGCGUACAAUGCUGAAGGUACCGCGUAUAACGUUAUACCGACCGGAUAUAAUGUCUCAAGCACCGCGUAUAAUGCUAAAUGUCUCAAGCACCGCGUAUAAUGUUAAAAGCACCUCGUAUAAUGUUGCGUGUAGCCCAUACAUAAUGUCAAAAUCAUCGCGUAUAAUGCUCGAACUCGAAGCACCGCGUAUAAUGUAAAGAGCCCCUUGUAUAACGAUAAAAGCACCACAUAUAUAAUGCUAAAAGCACGGAAUGAAAUCACGGUUAAUAGACUAAGAGAAGAAAUGAAAUUCCGCUAUGACUUUCCAUAAGGUUCGUCACGCUCGUUGAAGCCAUUGUACACAAAUCACAAAAGCAAUAUCAAAUAUGAUAUGAAUAGUAAUAUGAUAAUAACCUACCACCGUCACAGUCGUGAAUACUCGCGCAGAAGCUACGUCAGAAAGGUUUGAAUAUUAACAACCUCCGCCUUCAUCAAAUAGCGGGACUUCGGCAUUAAAAACAACCGUUCUGGGCAUGCGCUGCGCCAAUUAUCCAACCAGAAACCAGAAUUUCUUGUGUAAGAUAGAAUUGCAUAUUCCGCCACAUGAAAAUCAGCGGAACACGAGACAUGCGAUUCACAAAUUGCGUGAGUAAUUAAAGCAAUAAAUUGCGUGGAAAUUAGCUAAUUCUGCAGGGUAUCAGUUACUAGACCACAAAGAGGUCAAAGAGCAGACAGCAAUAUUGCGUAAACUUUAAAUAAAUGACAAAUGAAAGUACUGAAAAAUGAUCAUAAUUAAUGUUUAAAUUUUCAGAAUAAGCAAAGCUGUGAUUUUGGGUUCACUAUAAAACAUUUACUCAUUUUUUUGGAAAUUGUUAGUCCCGCCCGGCGGGACAGCGGGACCGCUGGCUACGCCACUGUAAACCGUUGUAAUUGUCACACUCUAAUUAUAGUGUGAAUCAUAGAGUGAAUCAUUGAAUCAUAGAAUGAAUCAUUGAAUCAUAAGAGUGAAUCAUUGAAUCAUAGAGUGAAUCAUUGAAUCAUAAGAGUGAAUCAUUGAAUCAUAGAGUGAAUCCUAGAUUGAAUCAUUGAAUCAUAAGAGUGAAUCAUUGAAUCAUAGAGUGAAUCAUUGAAUUAUAUAGUGAAUCAUUGAAUCAUAGAGUGAAUCCUAGAAUGAAUCAGUGAAUCAUAGAUUGAAUCAUUGAAUCCUAGAUCGAAUCAUUGAGUGAAUCAUUGAAUCAUAAAGUGAAUCCUAUAUUAAAUCAGUGAAUCGUAAGAAUAAUCAGGAGUGGUUAUAAAUAGUAGACCAACUUAAUAUAAUUUCAUUCGGCGUUUUGACACAGAGCAGUGAACAUGUCUCAUUUUUGCACAGUUUGUAACAAAUCAUUCUCAACUUCAAGUAACCGUUCACGGCACCAAAAUUCAGCUCACGGACCUGGCACUCUAUCCCAGUCCAGUAUUGUUGUCAAUCGGUCCAGUGUUGUGCUGCAUCCUUUCACAUGUAUCGUAGCUGGGUGCACCCAAAGCGGCAAGACUGUAUGGGUAAAAUCUCUCUUGGAGAAUGCAUAGAAAACUAUAAGUCCACCUCCUCAACGUAUCAUUUGGUGUUAUGGUCAAUGGCAACCCUCCUAUGUUGAUAUGAUGAGAACGAUGCCAGGAAUCGAAUUCAAUCAAGGCAUCCCCGAAGACAUCGACAACGCAGAUUACUUGGACGUAUCGCGACGGAAUUUGAUUGUAUUGGAUGAUCUCAUGGCUCAAUCUGGCAAAGAUAAACGUAUCGCUGAUCUUUUUACGAAAGGAAGUCAUCAUCGAAAUUUGUCUAUCAUCUAUAUUGUCCAAAAUAUAUUUCAUCAAGGCAAAGAAAUGAGAAACAUUAGUCUAAACGCGCAUUAUAUCGUAUUGUUCAAGUCACCAAGAGAUAAACAACAAAUUUCUAUGCUUGCAAGGCAAAUAAAUCCCGGCAAAGUACAAGAAUUUAUGAGGAGUUAUGAAGAUGCUACGAGCCGACCUCACGGGUAUUUGAUGUUGGAUUUAAAGCCGACAACGAGUGACCAAGAUCGACUCAAGACAAACGUGCUUCCCGGCGAGAUUGCGAAGUUUAUACAAAAACAGUGUUAUCGUCAACCACCGCUUGUAAAUGCAAUGUAUGAUGCCGAGCAGCGAAUGAAAGAAAUCAUGGAUGCACCACAGCUUAGCGCAGUGGAAAAAAGCAAAUUAUACUCUGAUGAACUAAAUCGGUUUCUCACAUUCAAAAAUAAGAUGGAUGUUCCGACUCAAGCUCCUGUUCAGACAACUCCAUUCGUGCCUACAGAGAUGCCACAACCCAAUGAAUCUGUCGAGAUAGCACCACCAGUGCCUGCUACUCCUAAACCUAAUUUCCUUACACCACCACCAACAGAAGAGGAACGUCCAAAACUCAAGCGCAACUUUUUCCACAAUUGGGUAGACUCUACAGAUUGGAGGCCCCAAGAUUUGGCAAUGAUGACCCCUGAACAAAGAGAAGGUUAAGAAUACAAAAUUACUUCGCGAGAGACCGAAAUAUAUUCCAGUGAAGGAUGAAGAUGUUGCAAAGUUAUCCUCAGAAGAUAGACAAGAAUAUGAAAACUCUUUAAAAAUAACAAAAACAACUAGACGUUACGCUCUUAGAAGUAGACCGUACUAAAUUUUGUAAAACGUUUUGAAGAAAUAAAUGUAUUUAAAAACUGAAAUAUUGUGUAAAUUUUUGCCGGCAAAGCCCGCUCUUUCCGCCCGCGCGAUUUGUCUAACCCGCCCGCCUGAUUUGUGUACAAAUAUGUUGUACUUUAAUAUAUGCAUGCACUCGCAAAGCCACGCGCCUGAUUUUAAGGUAUACACCUGCGUUAAAAAUAAUCCCUACCUAUCCAUCGGAAUACACCUAGUUAUGCAAAUUCGUAUUACCCUAAUCCCCUUAAUUUAAUUACCUACACGCCUCCUAAUGACUUAGCAACGCAUAGCAACGUAUAUAACAACCGCAUAUUUGAUAAAAAAUAUAUUUAUUUUUAUGGCAAAGUAUAUUACAACUGUUCUAAUUCUAACUUCUACUCUUGAUAAGCUUUAUUAUGGUCAUCUUAACAGUAUAUCUGUAUGUAGGAGGUUUGCUAAAAUAAUCUUGAACAACAUGCAAAUAUUGACCAUAACAACGACGUUGACAACUCGGGAUUAGGAACAGUUCAGUUUAAAAUAUGUCUUGGUUUUUGUGACGAAUAGAUUCCUCACUAUGUAACAUACGAAAAAUCCUUCAAUAUACCUGUGGAAAUUUAUCUCUUCCGAGCAAAGGUACGAUUAAUUUCGAUAACAAUUUUGCCAUGCGAGGGACACGAACUAUUCAUAGUAAGCCAAGAUUAAUCCCUCUAUUGUAUCACACGCGUGGGGGACGCUAAAAAAUGCUUAGUCAGCAAGUUUCAACCAAUCUUGUUUAAACUCGCCCGCGUGACGUCAUUGCAUAUAAUUAUGACUAUGGUAAUGAUGAGAGACGUCACUACGGACCCUCAUUUGUGCGGCCCGCUUAAUUACCUGCAUAUAUAAUAAUGAUGCGCCGCCCUGAAUUUUUAAUGUGCGCCGCCCCUGCGCCGCCCCAAAAAUCCGGCCCGAUCGGCCCCUAUAUUACUACUCAAACCAUACAAGCUUUGGCUAUUCUGAAGCGCUUAUAUGGUUCAGAGAUGGUGCUUUUAGGGGUGGUCAUUGGUAAGUGUGAAAUGCCUGGCACUGAUAUUUCACAAGAAAAUGACCAUGCAAUACUCAUAGUUAAACGUCAAUUUGUGGCUUACAACUUCAGAUAAACAGCAGUGGACCUAUAUUACCUUUUUUCCUAACUUUGUCUGAUGGAAACAUAAUUGGUGCUUAUUUAAUUAUAUUAUCACUGUUUUGGUGUAAAAUGGUUAAUAUUUUGUGACCGAAAUAAUAAUUUGAAAUGUAGCUACCUCCUGCAAAUGGACGUAUUUGGCCAAAUUCUCCACUUUACUCCGCUGCUUAUCGCAGAUCUCGUUUAAAUCCUUCCAAAUAUGCAAUUCAGUUCAAACAUAACGGUAUCAAGCACAUUUUAAACAAGUUUUAACUGGGUUUCAAGUAGAUCCUUCGUAAAAAAAUUCAACCCCCCCCCCUCCACCCCUGUCACGUUCCUAAUACUUUGCCACACGAGAUUUGUACGAAAUGUUUUGAAAGACUCGUAAGCAACAUCUUACAGGGUGAUAAAAUGCUGCAUUUCGCUUUUUUAUUUUUUUUAUUUUAAUACCCUUAACAAAGGGUUAAAUUUGUCAUUAUCACUUGUCAUAAGGCUUCGAUGGAAGAAGAACGAGGCCAAAAUGUGAACAACCGAAUGGGAUGACAAAAUGGCGCUGAAUUUGGACAAAGUUGAGGUUUUACCUUGUCGAUGGUUAAACAGGUAGGAUCUACUUCAAACCCAGUUAAAACUUGUUUAAAAUGUGCUUGAUACCGUUAUGUUUGAGCUGGCUCCCAGAGACAGCCGGGGGUCCCUCAAGGGACGAAACUUGGUCCAAUAUUGUUCCUCAUUAUGAUUAAUGAUUUCAGAGUAAAUUCCCCAGGCACGAAAAUGUGGAAAUUUGUAGACGAUGUCUCAUCUUCUGAAAAUCUUACAUCGAACAGCUUCUCGGCCACUCAGUCAACUCUUGAAUCUAUCGAUUCAUGGGCAACUUACAAUUGUAUGAAAUUGAAUGCCAAAAAGUGCAAAGAGCUCCGGGUUUCCUUUCUUAAAGAAACCCCGCAGCUACCAUCUUUGACAAUUGAUGGUCACGUG